AUGGGCCCCUGUACCGCCUCCUCAUGCUGCUGCCAGGCCCGUAAUCUGCCAUGGGCCCCCAUACCGACUCCUCAUGCUGCUGCUGCCAGGCCCGUAAUCUGUCAUGGGCCCCUGUACCGCCUCCUCAUGCUGCUGCCAGGUCCAGAGUGUCUCAUGGGUCCCUGUACGGCCUCCCAUUGCUGCUGUCUCCAUCGCCACACUCUGCCAUGUGCCACUUUCAGGUCUCCUCACACUGCUGGUGGGUUCCAUUUUGUCAUAGGGUGCUGUAUGGCCUCCCAUUGCUGCUGCCUCCACCGCCACACUGUGGCUCCACACUCUGGUUUUGGCCCCGUGACUGCCCAAAUGAGUGAAGUGUGCGGUGAUUCUAAGAUCGACGGCACUCAUCUGCAUGUCAUACUGACUGACAGUAUUAUUUCUCUUCCCCAGCAGACUCCAAGGGCAUUUAAAUUAAAGGUACAGUGUUCUGCACUAAUAUAA